CGGGAGCCGCUCUGUUACGAAUUCUACCAAUGAACUGAAUAUCAACCACAUCCAUCCCAUCCAAGAGUAAAAAUAUCUCCUGCAACAGGGCACCAAUCUUGUUGUCCGCUGCAUCUCUUGCCACACAUUUGUCAAUGAUUAAUUUCGCAUCUCCACAAUCCCGUGAUCGGUCAGCAUUUUAUUUUGGGCUUCAUAUUAAGGGAGAAGGAAUACCCAACAUGUCUCCUCCAUGGGCUUUUUUUCCAUACUCCCGCCAACGGCCCAACCUCAUUCUCCAGAUGGAAAAGGAAAACCCCGCGCCGGGAAACUAACUAGAAAAAAGCGAAGCUAAACCUCACUCUCCGGCAGCAAUGGCCGCUCCGGUCAGAACUCUUUCAAACCAUGUUCUCGGUUCUUCACAUUCUUCUGACCUCCGGCCACUGAUCACCGCCAUCACAUCCUGCAUCAAAGCCAUAAAUCCCAGAAACCUCAACUACAAUACAACCAAUCCGGCCCCUCUGAACCAAUUCUCACCGUACCUCGACGACGGCUUGGUCCUCCAAGUAAUCAAGUCCGAGCAACUGCAAUCGAACCCUUACCACGCCCUCCUCUUCUUCAACUGGGCCUCGAACCCUCGCCCGAACCCUAACCACUACGCCCACAGCCACAGAUGCUACGCCGCCAUCGUCGACCUUCUCCUCUCCCACUCCCUCUUCGCCGCCGCUUCCUCCCUCCUCGAAGCCUCCGACAAGGUCUCCGAUCUCACGCUCAGCAAGUUCAUCUCGUCGAAUGGCCGUCUGGGCAACGUGAAAGCCGCCGUCUUUUGGUUUCACAGAGCGAGAACCACGGUUGGGGUGAAUGGGGAUUGUUUGUUCUCGUGCAACGCCAUUUUGGGUGCUCUGGUGAGGAACAACCGGAUCGAUUUGGCUCGAUCGUUUUUCGAUCAGAUUGUGCAGGAUGGUAGAAUGAACCCUGAUGUCUCGACUUACACCACGAUGAUCACAGGGUAUUGCAAAUUGGGCAUGGUCGACAAAGCACGGAAGGUGUUCGAUGAAAUGCCUUGCCAGCCGAACAAAGUAACGUAUAACGCCCUGGUUAAUGGUUAUUGCAAGGCGGGAGAUAUGGACUCCGCGAAGUUCAUUUUCUUGAGAAUGAUUGGUGGUGGCUCAGGCUGUUCCCCUGAUACGAUAACUUACUCUAUUCUGAUCGAUGGUUAUUGUAAGAGAGGCGAGUUUGAUGAGGCGGAGAGAUGGCUGAAUGAGAUGGUGAAUCGCGGUUGCAUUCCCAACCUUUUGACCUACAAUGCGAUAAUCUACAGCUUGUGUUUGAGAGGGGAAGUUGAUGAAGCCAAGAAGUACCUCACAAAGAUGAGGCUGAAUGGAGUGAGGGAAAAUCUCGCUACUCACAUGAGCAUCAUGAAGGGCGUUUCUGUUGCAGGAAAGUCGGGCGAAGUAGUGCAAUAUUUCAGAGAGGGGCUCCGAGAAGGGAAGAUAAAGAAUCCCGGCUCGAAAGUCUAUGCAAUCUUAGUGAGGGAGUACUGCAAGAUGAGGAAACCAGACGAAGCGAUCUCCGUAUUAAAGGAAAUGUGCAAUAAGAGGAUCAACCCAACUGUUUCGAGCUUCAACUCAGUGUUCAGGGCUCUCUUGGAGGUCGGGAAGCCAGACGCAGCUGCCUUGCUGAUGAAGCAGAUGAAGAAAAUGAGGUGCAAGCCAAAUUUCAUAUCGUACAGCACAGUGGUAUCAGGCCUUUGUACAGCUGCCGAUAGCCAUGGGAUGAAUGAGGUGGAGGAGAUUGUGAACGAUAUGAUCAAGGAUGGCAUCUCGAUGGAUGCAGGGUUGUACAGUUGCUUGGUUUUGGGGUAUUGCAGAGAACGCAAUGUCGAAAUGGCGAGGAAGUUUCUCGGCGAAGCGAUUAGUAACAGCUAUAUAGUGAGCUUGGAGGCUUUUACAGCUUUCCUGGAAUGCGUGAUGGGUGAGAAGGGGGAAGUGAGUGACGGUGAGAAGCUGUUAGCAGAGAUGCGUAAGAGAUGUGCUGUCCUCGAUCCAGCUAGCUAUAUGCAAGCUCUGGAUCGAAUUGUUAUCCGGUAGAGCCAGCAUAAGAAGAAGAAGAAACUAUGUAGAAGAAGAAAACAAACAACUCUGUUUCUAAAAUGAAUGGUUGGAUUUCAA